AACUUUCAAAUAAGGCAACUCAACAGCAAGACAUUCAAGGCAUGUUGCUUCAAAUUGCUAUAAAACAACUUCACUUUACAAUUUAAAUGUGUAAGAGCAAUAGCAACUAAGAUGGUUUUUUUUAGUUGGUUAGUGUCAGUGUGCCUUGUUUUGUUCUUGGCCUCGUUUCAAGCCUCAAGGAAAUUGACAAGAACCGACAGGCUUCCACCAGGCCCACCCGCAAUUCCGAUCUUCGGAAACCUCUUUCAGCUUGGUGAUAAACCCCAUAAGUCUCUUGCCAAUCUUGCCAAGAUUCAUGGGGACAUCAUGACUGUGAAACUUGGUCAAACAACUACUAUAGUUCUGUCAUCUGAAACCAUGGCCAAAGAAAUCCUCCAAACACACGAUGCAAUAUCUUGUAACCGAACCGUUCCAGAUGCCCUUCGUGCCCUUCAACACCACGAAGCUGGAUUGGCUUGGAUGCCUGUUUCAACCACAUGGAAAAAUCUUAGGAAAAUCUGCAAUUUGCACAUUUUCGCUAGUCAGAAACUUGACGCUAACCAACACUUACGGCGAAGCAAAGUAGAACAACUCCUUACUGAUGUUCGUGAUAGUUCCCGAAUUGGGGAAGCGAUAGAGAUAUCCAAAGCUGUUUUCAAAACUUCGCUUAAUCUUUUGUCCAAUACUGUUUUCUCCAUCGAUUUUGCCGACUCUUCUUCUAAUACUGCUCUGGAAUUCAGAGAAACCAUGCAGGCUUUCAAGGAGGAGUUUGGGAAACCCAAUUUUAGUGAUUUUUUUCCUACUCUUCUUGCUAAGCUAGACUUGCAAGGCAUAAGGCGUCGGGUGACAAUUCUUUUUGAGAAGAUUAUGAAGCUCUUCGAUAAAGAGAUUGAAAAGCGGUUGGAGUUGAGAAAGAUGAAUGAUUAUAUACCAACUAAUGAUUUCUUGGAUAUUCUUCUCCAAAUCAGUCAAGAUGACAAUGAAGAGCUCGAUAGAAAUCUGAUAAAACAUUUGAUUUUUGAUUUGUUCACCGCAGGAACGGAUACAGCUACAAGUACACUUGAAUGGGCAAUGGCAGAAUUACUUUGUAACCCAAAAUCUUUACUAGAAGCCCGGAGAGAACUACAACAAAUAAUUGGCAAAGGGAACGUAGUGGAGGAAUCUGAUGUUAGUCGUUUACCUUAUUUGCAAGCAAUUGUAAAGGAAACGUUGAGAUUGCAUCCUCCGGUUCCUUUCUUACUUCCUAGAAAAGUUGAAGCAGAUAUUGAGAUUCACAACUUUGUGGUUCCAAAAGACGCACAAGUGUUGAUCAAUGCAUGGGCUAUAGGCAGAGAUCCCAGUAUCUGGGAAGAACCUGACUUGUUUCAUCCAGAAAGGUUCAUAGGAUCAGAUAUAGAUGUUAAAGGAAGGAACUUCGGUCUGAUUCCAUUUGGAGCUGGGCGACGAACUUGUCCUGGAUUGCCGUUAGCCAUAAGAAUGUUGCACUUAAUGCUGGGUAGACUUAUUCAUUCAUUUGUUUGGGAACUUGGUGAUGGAAUCACACCUGAAAGCUUAAACAUGGAUGAAACUUACGGUCUUAUUUUACAGAAAGCUCAACCAUUAAAAAUCAUCGCACAUUCAGUCUAAUCAUAUUAUGUUGAAUAUUUGUUGAAUGUUGGCAACAAUGCAGCAGCAAGGAAAUGUUCAGUGUGUAAUUUGGUUGUUGGAACUUUUUGUAAUAUGUAAACUAAGUUCAGUUUGGUUGUAAUUUUGUUUUUACUAAGGUUAGUGAGCUACUCAGCUGAUUUAGUAGCUUUUUAGGUUAUUAUUAAGUUGAUUUUACAGCUUGGAUACAAGCACAAGUUACGUUUGUUUUCUUCCAAUGUUAUGGAGCUAUUUAUGCA